CCUUGCUAGAUCUCACCCACAUGUAGGCUUCCACUGGUCGAUGACACCUCUGGUUGAGGUCGCGAUGCAUGUUAAUGCGUCUCUGUUGACUCGUUCGCGGCAGGACACAGCCUCCACCUUGAUCGCAUAGGCUGACAUGAGAUUUCUCAUCUCGACAUCAAACCCGAUCAUCACACUUCAGCUGCACCUUUCGCUCUUUGAAGAUGAUCCGCAUUCAUAACCCUCACCACGUGCCAUUUCUGCAUCAGACGGAGCAGCUCCGCCAGGCAGGAACCCUCUGUGACACACUUGUCAUUGUGGAGGGCCUCACAUUUAAAGCCCACGCUCUGAUACUAGCCUUGGCAAGCAAAUGGCUGAAGCGUCAUUUAACAAACCAGCACGGCUCAGGUCAAAAGUACUGCUGCUUAAUAGACAGAGUCUCUUCUCACACCUUCAAGCAAAUCCUGGACUAUGUGUACAGCGAAUCGCUGGAGGUGCCCAAAGAUGAUCUCGAGGAGCUGCUGAGGGGUGCCAGGUACCUUGAGAUGGAGUCUUUGGUAGAACAAUGUCAAGCAAAACUUAGAGAUCCAGAUUCAACUAGGACAGACACAAAAGUAGCAAAUGCACUCCGAGAUGACAAAGCACAGAAGGCCACCGAGCUGUCUAAAAGAAGCCAGAAUUCGGAUGAAGACCACCUUGAUUGUUCUUCAGAAGAAGAACGUUCUUCCACCAAGAGGUCGGUGCACGAUGAACAUAAGAAGAGCUGUUCUCCCGUGUCUCCUCUGCCUCCCAUGUUCUCCAGAGAGACCAUCAUCUCCUCCAGAGCUCAGUCUCCCACCCCUCGCCUCUGCUGGCCGCCGGUCAGCUCGUCUAGAAGCAUGAUGUUAAACUGUAGAGAAAUAAUGGCAUUUCACUCCCUUCGAGCGUAUCCCUACCCCACACCCAUGUACCCCAUCCUCCACCACUCGCUCCAGCCACAGGUCAACUCCUCACUUAUGGGUUACACAGGGUUGCUUCAGCCCUAUCACCCUCUCAUACACCCUCCUCCGUUGACUCCAGACAAUCCCUUCAUUCCUGGUCUGAAAGGAAAGACCACCUCUAUCAGCACAGCUUUAACAGGGUCCAUGACAGAUGAUCAAGAGAGGAAGCCAAAGGUUCAAGAGGAGAGGGAGAUAUGCUGCAGACACUGCGGUAAACCAGCGCUGGAAAACCCCUGGAGGCCAACGCCUGGGUCAUCAACCUCAGGUUCGGGGGAGAUGGCGCUCAGGUGUAAGUUCUGCGGCCGAGGUGGACGGGACAGGCGAUCUCUGCGCUCACUCAGGAGGGGUGUCGGAGGGGAGAAGCCUUACCAGUGCAAACAGUGUAGCAAGAGGUUCAGCCUUAAACACCAGCUGGACACACAUCACCGGGUCCACACAGGUGAAAAACCAUUCGAGUGUCGGCUGUGUGGCCAGCGUUCACGUGACUAUUCGGCCAUGAUCAAGCACCUGCGUACUCACGGUGGUGCCACUCCCUACCAGUGCACCCUGUGUCUGGAGUUCUGUAGCAGCCUGGCAGCCAUGCAGAAACACCUGAAGAACCACCCCACGCAGGACUUCCCUCCAGACUGGAGCCUGAGCAGCACGUACCUGUACAACUGCCACACCUGAGGCCCGGGGGAUAAAACAUGUAGAUAUGGAAGGUUCAAUACGGUUUGGUUAUUUUUAAUACAUUAAUGAAUUAUUUUGAAGCCAUUAUGCAAAUAUGAUAAUAUAUUUAAUAUACAUACAAAGGUCAUUUAUGCCAGCUGAUUUUGAUUUUCUUUGAAGAACGACUAGUUGGAUGAACAUUUCACUCAGUACUUAAGAUGGAGUAGAUUGUAAUUUGCCGAUGCUUAUAAUUUUCUCUGUGAAAUAUCAUCACAACAGCAUGCAAAAUAUGUGUUUGUUUUAUUUAUUGAGCUGUUCAAAUCUGUACCAUUUAUCUAAGCACACUCACUAUGUGAUCUAUUUACGCACUGUAUACAAUCUUUUAAUAAAAGCAUUAUAAUUAAAGCAGUAA